AUGUUUGGAUUCGCUAUUCUUGUGAGUACCGUCGCCGCUAUAAUGGCCUCUGGAGUCCCUAGUGGAUGGUGUGAGGAAGACCAUAAUGUCUUUGUUGAAGAGGACUGUUACGAUAAUCUCAUCUCGUGUGAUUUCCUACCAAGUGGUGGUAUUAAGAUGGUUGACUAUGAUAUGACGAUGAAAGGUUAUUGGGAUUUCCUCAUAUCUGCUCAAAACCUGAGCACUGGUGAUUACUCGGUAUUCCGGACUACUACUACCCUCAAUGGUGUUCCUACGGGGGAGAUGAUGAUCAAUGCUAAGGCCGACUCAAUCGCUGCUGCUUCUACUGAUUACAAACACGAUAGCUAUGCCCCGAUGUAUAUUUGGGCUAUUGUUGACAACGAGAUCAGACUCUAUGGCACUCCCGAGACCAGUGAUAUUGGUUUAGGUGAGUACAAGGUUUUGGAGCCUGCGAGUGGUCAAUAUACUUGGACAUCAGUUAGUUGGAAUCAGGAUGAUGAUCAUCCUUACUUGUACGCUGUUGAUAGCAAGAACAAUCAG